AUGUCUCUCUUCAAGGGAGCCUCAAGGACUGCUGUCUUUCAUGCAUCGGUGGCGUGCAGAGCUCCAGUAUGUGGUACGAGAACGAGAUUAGGAACGAGACGAGCGGCCUCUUCCUCUUCCUCUUCCUCCAUGACUGCAGAGUCCCAGCAAAAGCUUCUAUCCGCCGAUUUGGAGCAUGCGGACGCUGCUGUCUACAACAUUCUGCAGAAUGAGAAACGACGCCAGAAGCAUUUCAUUAAUUUGAUCCCUUCCGAAAACUUCACAUCCCAAGCUGUUCUCGAUGCUCUUGGAAGUGUCAUGCAAAAUAAAUACUCGGAGGGUUACCCAGGUGCACGGUAUUACGGCGGUAACGAAUUCAUUGACGAAGCAGAGAGGCUAUGCCAGUCUAGAGCCUUGCAAACUUUUGGUCUGAAGGAAGCAGAAUGGGGUGUGAACGUUCAGCCACUGUCCGGAUCCCCUGCGAAUCUCUACGCAUAUUCCGCCCUCCUAAAUACACAUGAUCGGCUAAUGGGGUUGGAUCUACCCCAUGGGGGCCAUCUCUCCCACGGAUACCAAACACCUACAAAGAAGAUAUCGGCCAUAUCAAAGUAUUUCGAGACAUUCCCAUAUCGUCUGGACGAGAAGACAGGGUUGAUUGAUUACGCCAAGUUAGAGGAUCUUGCUAUGCUCUACAGACCAAAGUUGAUUGUGGCUGGUACAUCUGCUUACAGCAGAUUAAUCGACUACCAACGUAUGCGAGAGAUCGCCAAUAAGGUUGGAGCUUAUUUAUUGGCUGAUAUGGCACAUAUUUCCGGCCUAGUGGCAGCAAGUGUCAUCCCAACUCCUUUUGAAUACGCCGAUGUCGUCACCACAACUACCCACAAGUCGUUGCGUGGUCCACGAGGUGCUAUGAUCUUCUUCAGGAAGGGAGUAAGAAGAGUUAACCCAAAGACUAAGGAGAACGAGAUGUGGAAUCUUGAGGAACCUAUCAAUUCCUCUGUCUUCCCGGGACAUCAAGGUGGUCCGCAUAACCACACCAUAACUGCAUUGGCCGUUGCUUUGAAGCAAGCACAGAGCCCCGAAUUUAGGUCAUACCAGGAGGCAGUCCUUACCAAUGCCAAAGCUUUUGCAAAGCGUCUUGGUGAUUCAAAAGACAAGGGUGGUCUUGGGUAUACCAUAGUGUCUGGUGGAACGGAUAACCAUCUUGUACUCGUUGAUCUUAAGCCUCAAGGGGUUGACGGAGCUCGAGUGGAGCGAGUAUUGGAGUUGGUAGGUGUUGCAAGCAACAAGAACACUGUUCCAGGCGAUAAAUCUGCCUUGAAACCCGGCGGAUUGCGGAUGGGUACUCCAGCCAUGACUACUCGUGGCUUCCUCGCCGAUGAUUUUGUGAGGGUAGCAGAUGUUGUGAACAGGGCGGUUACUAUUACUCAACGAUUGGACAAAUCUGCCAAGGAAGCAGCAGAAGCCAAGGGAAGAAAGAAUCCUGGAAGCGUAAAAGCGUUCUUGGAAUAUCUUGGGGAGGGUGAAAGCGAGCGGGAGAUCAUCCAGCUUAGGAGUGAGGUUGAGGAGUGGGUUGGGACUUUCUCAUUGCCAUGGGAGUCGAGUGCGUAA